ACGGUGAAACCAGCCGGUCCAAUGGCAGCAUCCAGAAGGUAGGCUCCGCCUCUCGGCGAGCAGGCCGCUCGGUAGGGGAAGGAGUGGCAGCGCUUCAAGAUGCACUGCCUGACGACACCCUCGGUGCUUCGGGCCCUGGCCCAGGCUGUUCGUGCAGGGCAUCCCAGUGCCCGGAGCCUCCACAGCAGCGCAGUGGCCGCCAGCUACAAGUACGUGAACUUGCGAGAGCCCUCGAUGGACAUGAAGUCAGUGACUGACCGGGCAGCUCAAACCCUUCUGUGGACUGAACUCAUCCGAGGACUGGGCAUGACCCUGAGCUACCUUUUCCGGGAGCCAGCCACCAUCAACUACCCCUUUGAGAAGGGGCCGCUGAGCCCACGCUUCCGGGGGGAGCAUGCGCUGCGCCGUUACCCGUCCGGGGAGGAGCGCUGCAUCGCCUGCAAGCUGUGCGAGGCUGUCUGCCCGGCCCAGGCCAUCACCAUUGAGGCUGAGCCGCGAGCCGAUGGCAGCCGCCGGACCACUCGCUAUGACAUCGACAUGACCAAGUGCAUCUACUGCGGCUUCUGCCAGGAGGCCUGCCCUGUGGAUGCCAUUGUCGAGGGCCCCAACUUUGAGUUCUCCACGGAGACGCACGAGGAGCUGCUGUACAACAAGGAGAAGCUGCUGAACAACGGGGACAAGUGGGAGGCCGAGAUCGCCGCCAACAUCCAGGCCGACUACCUCUACCGGUGAGGCCGCCCAGCUGGCCCCGGCCCCCGCUGCCAAUAAAGAAGCUCUGACCCCCA